GACAACAGGAGAUAUGAGAGUUUGUUGCAGCGCUUUGUUAGUAUGCAGGAGUCGUUUCUAACCCAGAUGAGAGUGAUGAAGGAUAAACUCCGCACCAUAGAGACGGGCAGGGUGCCCGCCCCACCACGGGCCGGUUACCAGGCCCGUGGCCAAUAUGGGCCUCCCCCUCCACCAGCACCGUACGCUCCGGUAGCGCCAGUAGCGCCCGUAGCGCCGCCACCGCCGCCAGCCCCAGCGCCCCCUAUCGAGGACCUGCAGCCAGUGAAAGCCCGCGUCGACAUCUACGGCGGCACCGCAACGUAUAUCCUGGAAUACAGAGCGGACAAGGAACCCAGGAUCAUCUGGAGAGCCAACAAAGAGCCUGUUGCUAUUAGCACCGAGGGAAUUGUUACGAAGGUUUUCCAUUACAACUAUGGCCGAUCAACUCUAAGAAUAUCAAAAGACAAAGAGGUCAUCGCUUCUGUCAUUGUUGAUCACGUGACCUUUGUCAUCGGGUUCAAGCCCAACCCAGCGAAAUCCAUGGAAACCAUAAUAGAUCCGUCCGACUUCAGCGUGAAGCCCGGUCCGGACGUGCCUUUCAAGAGUGGGAAGUCCAUCAACUUCACCGUGGAAGCUAAAGAGUUCGUGCCUGGCUACCAGCCUCUGAUGGACUUCCAGUGGAAGUGCUGGCUGGGCAACAACACCCUCAUCCCCGGGGUCAUCGAGCAGUACCCCCAGUGGCGGGAGGUGCAGGGCGGGGUGGUCAGGGUGGGGCCUCUCAGGGCUGUCAAUCGUGAGAAGGUGCUCGGCAAGCUCAAGAUGACGUACGAGCUGCUGACGCAAUACGGCGACUACGAAGGCGUUCUCAUUUUCUCCAGAUACCUGGGCAGCAGCAACGCCGUGUCCGUCAUCAAGGGUAUGACGGAGCUGCGAUACGUCAUCAUCCGACAGGAGUACAACCUCGAUCCGUUCCCCAUGGGCUUCAUCGACUUUGUUCAGACGAGUCCACCCAUACAACCCUGCGUUGAAAACGAGACCUGCUCCAUAGCCUGCCACGCCAUUGGCAACGUGCCGGACUAUAUUGUUCUGAAAAUGGAAGGGCGCCGCAUCGCGAAGCCGCUUCCGCGGCUGGACGUCCGUGAGCCGUACAUGCUGUACUCGCAUUUCGGGAUCAAGAGGAUGUCGAGCGCUGACGAAGGGGAGUACACGUGCUCGGCGUCCAGCGGCAACCACACGGUGGAGAUCUCAACCAGACUGGCCAUCAGCGAGGAGGUGGUCAUCGUCAACCAGACGUCUGGCGUUCACAGGAGCGGCAACAAGAUCAUAGUGACGUGUACAGCCACGGGGAGACCGCUACCCCGCGUGACCAUGUUCGAGAACUACGCUUACCGCAACGAAAUGCACGAAGGUGUUAACUAUCGCCAUCAGAGAUGGAUUGACCGGAACCCCAGCGUCAACAGAGUUAUCUUCCGCAUCACCAUCAACGUCCGGAAACCCGACCUCUGGCGAGUGAUCUGUAUGGCCGAUAACCCUUUCCAUCUGAAAGUUAUAGACUUUAUGAUCAGCUCCCCACCCCGGAGUCACACCGGUUGAUGUUGUAGGAAUACUCACGUUUACAUGGCCGUACCUAGUGGAGGCUGGGUGGUGGGUGGAGAGAAGUGGCCCUUUCCACCACCAUCAACAAAACAAAGCCAGGGAAAAGUGCUUUUUUAAGUUUCAAAGUGUACUUUUCGUCAAUGUUUAGAAUACUCUUUAUUCUUUAAAGAGACUGUUCUCAGUUUGCUACCAUUGUAAGAUGUUUUUGACUGACAGAGGCUUUUGAAGACUAAAAUUACAUAUUACACACAUGUUUUUAUUUACACUAUCGCUGUCUAUGAAAUCUGUUUGUCAAUGUGUUCCUGGUGCUGAGUUUAUUUGCAUAUAUGUAUUAGAAAGGUCUUAGGAAAGAAAGAAAGAAAUGUUUUAUUUAACGACGCACUCAACACAUUUUAUUUACGGUUAUAUGGCGUCAGACAUAUGGUUAGGACCACACAGAUACUGAGAGAGGAAACUCGCUG